AUGGCAUCCUUAGACUCAGACCAGGUUCUCGGUGCUCGUUCUCUCCCCCAGCCAGACCUCUCGUCUCUGGCUGUCCAUCCGUCUGACUUCAGCCUCUACAGUCCUCCAGCUCCUCCUGAGCCCAGCCUCUCCACGGCGCCGUGGCCUCAAAGUGACCACGGCGAGCCCUACCUGUUCUUCAACGUCCCCGCUGCAGGUCCGGCCCCCCCAGGACUCCCGCCUGUCCUCGGAGGCUUCUUCCCUCCCGUUCUUCCCUGCAGCCCGUGGUUCCCUCUGUCCACUCCUGAUGACGUUCUCCGACUGGUCCGCCCACCAUACUCUUACUCCGCCCUCAUUGCCAUGGCGAUCCAGAGCUCGCCGGAGCAGCGGAUGACGCUGAGUCAGAUCUACCAGUACGUCUCCGAUAACUUCCCCUUCUACAGCCGCAACAAAGCCGGCUGGCAGAACUCCAUCCGCCACAACCUGUCGCUCAACGACUGCUUCAGGAAGGUUCCCAGAGACGAGAAAGACCCAGGUAAAGGUAACUACUGGACUCUGGAUCCGAACUGUGAGAAGUCUUUUGACAACGGAAACUUCCGGCGUAGGAGAAAGAGGAAAUCUGACAUCAUGGCCAAGGUGGAGAAACCCUCCUCCCCCGCUGACUCCUCCUCCUCAGAGCCCAGCCCUAAAAUUCCCAGCAUGCACUGCGGCGGCAGAGACCUUCCCUCUCUGCCAAACCCUGACAUCAACAGCUUCCUGUACAUGCAGGUACCAGACCACAUCUCCCCCCCUCAUGGUUACGUCUCCUCGUACUCGCCGCCGGGGGCUGUGGUGCCUCACUGGGACUCUAGCAGCUCCUCUCCUCCCCUCUACUCCUCUCCCCAUCACCUCCCCUCCCUCUGUGACCCUCAACCCGGCUCCCCCCCGCUCUACAUUGACCUGGAGACAGCGCCAUGCGUCCUUCCCGAGCUCCAGGAGGCCCAGCAGCUGCUGCAGGCCCAGAGUGAGUCUCUGUUCCUGGGGGGCUUCUCUGAGACUCAGUGGGACUCUAGCAGAGUCUCUGUUCCUGGGGGGGUUCACUGAGACUCAGUGAGACUCUAGCAGAGUCUCUGUUCCUGGGGGGUUCACUGAGACUCAGUGGGACUCUAGCAGAGUCUCUGUUCCUGGGGGGGUUCACUGAGACUCAGUGGGACUCUAGCAGAGUCUCUG